AAUCAAACUAUUAAUACUUUCUGAACAUCGUCCGAUCCUUUAGGAUUCCCCCACAGAAACAGAGAAGCCCCUAGAUAAUUUCCCUCUUCUCCCUCGACCAACAUCUUUGGUCGUGCGCCCACUUUUGGAUGCAGAUGCUGUCACAAUGGCGGACGCCCAGCAGUCACUCACGUCCACGAUUCUGGCAACGGCCAGUCUCACGGGUGUCGCUCUCCAUCUUUUCUUCUUUAAACAUGUCGAAGUCGACAAGCGCCCCGUGUCGACGGCAGCGUCUUUUAUCGUAGGAUAUUUCCUGAUUGCCAGUGCUCUGCCCCGGAUCAGCAGCGAAUACGAGGGCUUCCUUUGGUCACGUACUGUCGCCCUUCUGGCUUGGUUAUCCCUGGUCCUCUCCCUCUGGACGAGCAUUCUCGUCUACCGCGCCUUCUUCCAUCCACUGAAGAAUUUUCCUGGCCCUUUUGGUGCGCGAUUGAGCAAGUUGUGGAGCUUGAACAAGGUUCUCGAAACGAACAUCAGAUGGUAUCGUACUCUUGAUGCACUCCACGAGAAGUAUGGAGACUUUGUGAGGACAGGGCCUCGUGAGCUCGUCAUAUUUGAUGCAGCGGCCAUUACCCCGGUCCUGGGCUUUGCGUCGGUAACGGGCAAAGGUCCCUUUUAUGAUUCCAUGGAAACUUCCGUCAACACGACUCGGGAUCGAGCUUUCCACCGAAAGAGAAGAAAGGUGUGGGAUAACGCCUUCAAGAUAUCGCUCGCGGACUAUGCCCCCCGGGUCGAGGAGUUUACAAGCCAACUGCUCACUCGAAUCGGGAAUAACCUGGGGAAGCCCAUUCUCGUGAAUGAGAUAUGCAUUCACUACAGCUACGAUGUGAUGAGUGCCUUGGCCUUUGGGGAGCCCAUGGGCUAUACCAAGGGCGAGUCCAAUGACACUGCCAAGUCGGUCCUGGAUAACAUCCAGAAGGGAGUCGAUGCGAUUGGCCUCCUCCUUCAUGUCCCCUGGUUGAUGGGCACAUUGACCACUUUCUCUUGGGCAAUCGGUCCGAUGCGUGAGUGGAACCAAUACUCGGAGAGUCUGGUCAUUGAGCGCAAGAACAUGAAAAUCCCCAAGCCGGAUCUCUUCAGCCACCUUCUCGACAAUACCGAGGACACUGCUACCGGCCGUGCUCUCCUCAACUCGGAGUGUCGCUUGAUUGUCGGUGCUGGAAGUGACACAACCGCAACCGCCUUGACGUUCCUGCUCGUCAACUUUGCCCUGUACCCAGAGUGGCUGCAACGACUGCGCGAUGAGGUUGACCCUAUUCUGGCCAGCGGCAAUUUCAACAAUGCCCAGACGCUGCCCGUUCUGGACGCAAUUAUCAACGAGAGUAUGCGGCUCAGCCCGUCGGUAUUCUUCGGUUCUCAGAGAGAGACGCCCCCAGAGGGAAUGAAGAUUGGAGACACAUAUAUUCCUGGGGGAACCAUUAUAUCCAUUCCGGCCUAUCAGGUGGGCAGAGACGACCGUAACUUUGUCCAUGCAAAAGAGUUCCUCCCGGAAAGAUGGUACUCGAAGCCCGAGCUCAUCAUCAACAAAAGCGCCCACAUGCCCUUCCUGACCGGCCCCUUCAACUGUGCGGGCCGGAACCUGGCAAUGAUGGAACUCCGGUCCGUCGUAGCGCGGGUGGCCCAUGAGUUUGAUAUUGCGUUCCCUCCUGGAUCCGACUUCGAUGCCGAGGAUUACUUUAGUCGGAUCAAGGAUCAUUUCGUGUCUGGUGCACCGCCGCAGAAUCUUGUGUUUACGAAGAGGAGGGGCGUCUAGGUUGUUAGUUGUGCCUUGAAAGGUCUCAUACCUUGGAACGGUACCAGAGGAAAUAGAUGUUCAGUCACGAGCAUAUUGAUAUUGCACUCAUUUCUUACGUCAACAUGGGUCACUCAAAUCCUUUGGACCAUACUCUUGAUAAAAUGGUCUUAGAAGCUAUAGGCAUAGAUGGUGGUGGUGAGAGCGUGAUGUAGUGGACCAUGGAUAAUCAAGCACAUUCGCGGUCCACAUGGUCCAGCCACUCCACAUGAACUGCGUCGCUACAGGAUUUCCGAUACCUUUCAAUCAAGGGCUCGACUUUCUAUCGUGGACUCUUGCUUGUUUAGUUGUGAUGAUGAUAGAAUCAUGAUACGUACAGUAUUAGUUGUGUGAUCUAAUGGGAGC